UUUUCUCUCUUCUACUCAAAAUCCCAUUCACAACUGUUUCACCGUAUAGCUGCUGCUGCUUUUCAGUAGUUCUAGAGAGAGAAAGUGAGUGAGGAUGUCUCACAACGGGAAAUUGAUGCCGAACUUGGACGAGAAGAGCACCAAGCUACUGAAUUUGACGGUGCUGCAGAGAACUGAUCCCUUUGUUGAAGAAAUUCUCAUCACCGCUGCUCACGUCACCUUCUACGAAUUCAACAUCGACAACAGCCAAUGGAGCCGGAAGGAUGUGGAAGGUUCUCUAUUUGUUGUGAAAAGGAAUACUCAACCGCGUUUCCAGUUUAUAGUAAUGAAUCGUCGCAAUACUGAUAAUCUGGUGGAGAAUCUAUUGGGAGAUUUCGAGUAUGAACUGCAGGUCCCAUAUUUGUUGUACCGAAAUGCGUCGCAAGAGGUAAAUGGGAUAUGGUUCUACAAUGCCCAUGAGUGCGAAGAGGUUGGAAAUUUAUUUAGCAGGAUACUUAAUGCAUAUUCCAAGGUGCCUACGAAGUCAAAAGUAUCUCCUACGAAAAGUGACUUUGAAGAACUGGAAGCAGUUCCAACAAUGACAGAGAUGGAUAGUUCCCUAGAGACACCACCUUCUGCGACAUCCAGUGUUGCGGAUGUACGCGAUGAUCGAUCUUUUGUGAAUUUCUUCAGUACUGCUAUGAAUGCUGGAAAUUUUCAUGACGUUGCAACUACUGGGCAGCCAUACCACUCCACAGCAAAUGUUAUUUCUGCUUAUCCACAGAUUGCUACUCUGCCCACUUCACUAACAGCUCAAACACCAAAUACUGUAUCUAAUUCUACCUCUAUAAUGUCUAUUCUUGAAAACCCUGAAUCGAAUACUGUUAGUACUACACGUUCAACUGAUCUGGUGAAGCCGUCAACGUUCUUUGGCCCACCUCCUUCGACUUCUCCGUUGAUUAUGCCUCCUAUAACUUUAUCUGUCCCUACUGCCCCUCCUCUAAAUCCUCCUGGAAAUAUCCAACGACCUUAUGGUACACCUUUGCUUCAGCCUUUUCCACCACCAACACCGCCACCAUCACUCACUCCAGCUAUGGUUCCUCCACAAACGUACGGGCCUGUUUUGAGCAGAGAAAAAGUUGCACAAGCACUUCAAAUGCUUGUUAAGGAUAAUCAAUUCAUCGACAUGGUUUACCAAGCAGUGCUGAAUGCGCACGAGUCACGAUGAAUCUGGAGGAAAGUUGUUGUACCUCUCUGCAAACUGAAAUGUGCCAAGUCGCACAAUGUAUAGAGUGAACUAUGCAGGAAAUCAGUUGUGUACAUUUUUCGUGGAUAUCGUGGUUGAGUUAGCAUGUUUAUAAUGGAGUCAUUAGUACACCGGUGUUUUCAUUUUUUUUCUUUUUUUCUUUUUUUGUUUUACUAAAAGAAAAGAAACUUUAUCUUUUAGCAAGUUAACAUUUGAAGUUUCUGUACCAGAUUGUGUGCCCUUUUUUUUUAAUGUCAAAUCCCUGGUAAUGAUUCUUCGUGUGGUU